UCUCUCCCCGCCGCGCUCUCCGUCUCGCUCAGGAAGACCGCAAAUCUUCCUCCAUCCAUCCAGCCCUUCGUAUGCAAGUCUGUCUUCCUCGCCCUUUAUUUCCCUUCCUUUCUUUCCCUCAUUUAUCCUUGGUUUAUUUCGUGUUAUUUUAUUCUUUUCUUUCCCUUUUCCUUUUUUUAUUUACAUUUUCUUCCUUUUUUGGCCAAUUCAGAAUCACUCCAGAACUAACCCAUCUCCAAAUUGAUCCUUCCGCAGGGCUGAUCGAACUGAACGAACGCAUCUCAAGUCACGCACGGCUUACUGUCCCCUGCUGCAGAGCCUCGACCCCCCUUGGCCUCUCUCCGUCGUCCACCUGUCCAUUUUCUCGUGUUUUCUCUCCCUCCUCAUCCUUGGGCAUCGAUUCCCACUGUUCCGGUGGGUUGACCCUUCUGGUCACACAUUCAUCCAAAUCGAUCAUCCUCGAAUCGCUCUCGACAUCUCCAAGUGUCCAUCAUCUGAAUCCAGCUGUUCUCGAUCCGCUAUUUUCUCCCCAUCCACCAUUCCUCUCGAACCCCCUCGACUUGCUCAAGGGGCCCGAGAGAUCCGUCCUCGCCCUUGCCAUGCACAAGAUAUCCAACUUCACGGGCCAGGCCCGUCAUGGCUGGGAGCGAAUGACGCCUACCUUCGGCAUGUCCCGGCCUCAUACUGAUAUGUCUUCCCACUCCUUCCGACGACCGCAUGGCGCUCCUCCUAUGACUCCUCCCACGGGAAUCGAUCCUACGAUCAAUCUGUCCUUCAAUGUGCCCUUCUCCUCAAAUCUGGCCGGUCCCGAAGUCGAGGAUAUACUUCAUGCAAGUCCCGGUGCUCUUCAGCGCUGGACGUUCCCCGAAGGCACUCCAGACGGCACUCCCGUGCACAUGCUGCCGGUACACGUUAGCAAUGUCGAAGCUUUGCGGGUCUUAUGUCGCCGGAUAACGGAGACCAGCGGAGGAAGAAUCGAGGCCGCCGUAACCUCCUCAGAGCCAAAGGCUGUCCCAUCCUUACAACGGCGGCCCCAGGGUUUGGUGACCAACGUUUGCGUGACGGCCGAUGGCGAGACAGCGCGAAAGAUCCGGGCAAGGGUCCUUAACGAGACCCCCAUUCUACUGGUAUGUUGAUCAUAUUCUGCUGGGACUGCUCAUCUAGAUGCCGCGGAACAUUGUAUUACCUCCUUUCCAUUCCCUUCUGCUAACCUGUUGAAAACCGAUUAGCGGUGUGCGACCGUCGAUGUAGAUGUGCAUCUCAUAAUGGAUAGUUCGACCAAGGGCAUCCGGACCACCGUACUGGAGCAUCUGGACACUCUGGCUGCCUACACAGGCGCUGAUAUCUUCCUCCUGACACCGAAGCUCCAUGAAACGGAUAGCGCCGUCGUGUCAUCAUACGGCUACGCGUCUGAUAAUGGCCUGGACGACCGCUUCCGCGUGGCGAUCUACGGGGAUAUGGAAAGCGUCGAACACGCGAAGACGAGAGUCUUGAUCAUGAUUGAUCAAAUUGUAGGCACCUGUCCCUUCCGACCGAUUUUUUUUUUUUGCCUCCUCCCCCUUUCUUUCCCCAUCCUCUAUUCUCCUUCCAUAGCCACAGCUAAUCUCUUGGCUACCUAGCUUAAACGUCACGUCGAUGCCAUGAAGCUGGAAUUGACCAUGCACACCUUGGUCUGUGGUCGGACUCGCAAAAAUAUCAAGCUCAUUGAAGCGGCCACCGGUACUGCUAUUUACUUUCCGCCACCUUUCCCUCGUAUCUUCGGUUAUACCCCCCCGGGCGCUCAUCGUCGCAGCGAGGAUGAAGUGUAUAUCACGGGUGAUACACAGGAACAGAUCUCCCGUGCCAAGCGGAAACUGCGAGAACUCGUCAUGGGCGUGAAGAUCUAUGUUAAAGAUGUAAUUGUCAAUUCGAACAAAAUCGACAACAUCCUGCUUGAUCGUCUUGACAAGGUUCGCAAGGUCAUGGAAAUGAACUGCUCUUAUGUUCUUUUCCCUCAGCUCGGAAGCCAGAGAGGCCUCGUUCGCAUCCAAGGCUCGGAAGUUUUACAUGUCGAACGAACGGUCAGGGAAAUAAUGGCUCUGGCUGGCCAAUUCUAUAGUGCGUCCUGGUGGAUUAUCAUACCAGACCCUGCGCAGGGUGGUUUCCGUGCUCCUUCCCCCCCCGAAGUUCGUACUAUGCUCUCCGACAUCUGUACCAACUCUGGCGCGGAGGUUAGCUUUGACAAUUUGACAUUCACUAUAAACGGCUCCGAUGAUGCCGUCAAGGCAGCAAUGAUGGUGAUCAACCAGAUCCCAUUUGUCAAGCGCAGUCAGUAUCAGAUGCGGGUAAAGAUAGAGCUUGCGAAUGAACAUAAGGAGUUUGUGAGCGGAAAGAAGAACGGCAAGAUCAAUAAGAUCAUGGGGCAGAGCAAUGUGCAAAUCAUCUUUGAUGGCUUUAAUGAGUACAACUUCUACAUUGAUGUCUGCGGGAACCAGUACGAGUCCACGAAAAACGGCCUGGAUCUUGUGGAGCAGGAGAUGCCAGCUUCCAUCUCGUUUCACGUUCCCGAUCAGUAUCACAAGCGAAUUAUCGGCAUCGGGGGCCAACAUAUCCAACGUAUCAUGAAAAAGUACUCUGUUUUCGUCAAGUUUUCCAACGCCAUGGAUCGCGGCGGUAUGGGCAAGGAGGAGGAUGACGUCAAGGUUGACAACGUCAUCUGCAGGACCCCAGCCCGUAAUGCGCAGAGUCUAGACCUUGUCAAGCAGGAGAUCAUGGAUAUGGUCGAGAAAGUGGAUGCCGAGUACGUCUCCGAGAGGGUUGCUAUCAACCGUUUAUACCACCGUGAACUCCUUGCACGUAUUUCAGAAAUUGACGAGCUUGAGAAGAAAUGGAACUGCAAGAUUGAGUUCCCCAGUACUGAGCUUGCUAGUGAUAUUGUCACGGUCUCUGGGCCCGAGUACCAGGUCCCGCAGGCCGUUGAUGCUCUUCUUGGGAUGGUACCCGAGAGUCAUGAGCUACUCUUCCAAAGCUCUCCGGAACUGCGCGAGUUCUUCAAAUCUGCCGAAUUCGUCAAUGACGUCAGUGCCAAGCUUAAAACUCAGUACGAAGUUGACACGACGGUUGAUAUGAGUCCCGACCUCCCAGUCGUUGAUGAAGAUGUACCUUCUCCGACUACCCCUCCCGAAGACCGUGUCAUCCUUGGAUACACACGGAACAAUGCAGGCGGGUUAAAGGAUGCGAUAGACUUCUUGAUUUCAAGACUUGUCGCCCAUGGACUCGAUGCGACCACCGUUAAGGGCGCUAUCCCGCGCCCCAAGUCCGACUCCUUCGAGGAGUCACUACCCUUCUUCGACUCAAAGUUGUUGCAGCACGCACCUGCUCCUCUCGUGACCGAAUCUCCCUCCCGGCCCAGUUUCUCCGAUGAAACUAGCGAGCGGGGAUCCAUUUUUGAAAGGCUCCGGAAGCCAGGUAGCAUCUCUUCCUUCUCCUCCUUUAUCGGUCGUAAGAAUCAGUCUGCGUCGCCAGGCUCCUUCUUUAAACAUGCCUCCAGCAAUGCAUCCAAAGCGUCUCUUGUUUCAAUGGAGUCUCGGGAUAGCGGUUACCGCAACCCAUGGAAUGACUCUGGCGUGAAUCUUCCAGAUGAUGACCUGCCUGUUCUGGGCAGUUCCCACAGCCAUAGUAGCAGCAAUGGCUGGCCAGCGCGAUUUGAUAUGAAGUUCCCUUUCGGUACAACACCUGGGGAUGUGACUGUGAAACAUGAUCCUCGAGCAUCUUUUGAUAGUGGUCGUCCUAGCACUUCGAAUUCUACUUCUGGAUACCCGGCCCCGAUUGGGCCACCGCGUUAAAAAUGAAAAAUAAAAAUUCUUUCCCCCGGGGGGCAAAGAAGUUUAUCAAUUUGAAGCAGUAUACCCCACGGAAAUCUGUUUGUUCAUUUUUUUUUUUUCAGCGUUCUUUUCGUAUUGAUUCUCUUGACUAUGUGCGUGCCUCUGGUCGUGCUUUGUUAUCUUCUUGAUACCACUCCAAGCAAGCAAACUUGAAAGAUGUCUUCAGUUGACC